AUGUCCGCAGCGACGCCGUCUUACUGGUGCUACAGAUGUAGCCGCUUCGUCAGGGUUUUAAACGACGUCGCCGUCUCCUCCUCAGCGCUGUGCCCGGACUGCGGCAGUGGCUUCGUCGAGGAGAUGGACAACCCGACCCGCUCCGACUCGCGCCGCGUUAGGAGGAUUCCAGCUGCCGCGAUGUACAUGAUUGGAGCCAACAACCGCUCUGACUCCAAUCCGGAUCACACCGCUCCAAGCCCCUUGGGGCCCCGAAGACCUCGCCGGAACCACGGCGACCGUUCGCCGUUCAACCCGGUCAUCGUCCUCCGCGGAACAACCUCCGAAGGUGCUACUUCGAACGAAGAAGGUCGCGGAUUCGAGCUGUUCUACGAUGACGGUGUCGGGUCGGGGCUCCGACCCUUACCUACAAGCAUGUCCGAGUUUCUACUCGGGUCGGGUUUUGACCGCCUUCUCGAACAGCUGUCCCAGAUCGAAAUCAACGGAAUCGGACGGUACGAGCAGAGACCCGCAUCAAAAUCUGCGGUGGAAUCGAUGCCGACGAUCGAGCUCGACGAGUCUCACAUAGCGGCGGAGCAUCACUGCGCGGUGUGCAAAGAAGCGUUCGAAGUAGGAACCGAAGCUCGGGAAAUGCCCUGCAAGCAUAUAUACCACUCGGAUUGUAUACUCCCGUGGCUCUCCCUCCGAAACUCGUGUCCGGUAUGCCGACAUGAACUGCCGGCCGAUUCGGAGGCCGAGACGGGUCAGGAAGAGGACGAGAACGCGGGUCUUACGAUCUGGAGGCUGCCCGGCGGCGGUUUCGCGGUGGGGAGAUUCAGCGGCGGGAGAAGAGGCGUCGAGAGAGAGCUUCCGGUGGUGUACACGGAGAUGGACGGCGGUUUUAACGGCGCAGGAGCUCCGAGGAGGAUUUCGUGGUCGAGGAAUGGAGGAAGAGGGAGGCAGAGUGGUGGGUUGAUGCGGUUUUUGCGGGGUUUGUUUGGUUGUUUUGGCGGGGUCCAGUCGUCGGCGGUUUCGGGUUCGGGUUCGGGUUCGGAGAGGAGGUUCGGGACGCCGACGCCGCCUGGAACGACGAGUCGUAGGAGGGUGAGGUUUAUGGAUUUGGAGCAGACGACGACGUCGACGCCGAGGCGGCGGAGGACUUGGUCGAUGGAUGUGAACAGUGGCAUUGUUAGAUGGUGA